AUGGUUAAGUAUGUAAUCUUCCAAGAGGAGGAGUCAAGUUGUGAACAAAAGAGUGACUCUUCAUCAUGUGUAACUUCUCUUACACUAACAGAAGAUCCUAAACCUCCAGAAAAAAGAGAAGAUGAGAGAAUAAAAGAACUGAGUGAAAAAGAAAAUUAUAAGGAAGUGCAAAAUGGCAACUCAAGAGAGGAAAAAGAAAAGUUUCAGUUGAGAAAAGCGAGUGAGUUGUCACAAGAAAAGAAUGGAGAGAAAAACAAAAGCAAGAGUGAAAAGAAUGAGAGUGAAGGCAAAGAUGUUAGAACAAAAAGUGUUUCAGAACAAGCGCCCAUGCGGUCUUUAGAACAAAGAAAGAAAAGAGAUAAAGAUCUUAUGUUGCCAAGAAGAUUCCGCAAAAUUUUCAAGUGCUACAUCACAUGUAGACCAAGGUAG